CCCGAAGAUGCCCGUCGACAACUGCCCGCGCCUUCUUUAGCAGCCACGCCGCAACUGCCACGCUAUCGUUUGCGCGACUGAUGAAGCGGCCGCCCUGAAAAGCCCCAGCUUUGCACUGGCCGGCUGCUGGCGACAUCGACCACCUGUUGUCUCGUCCGAGCCGAGAAUGAAUUGGUCACGUGGGUCCUGUCGCUUGCUCGCCAACAACGCGAGUCUCCGUCCCAUCGCUGUCUCGGCGUCUACAUGCAUAUCCCCGAGACGGUCCCCGGUGUUGCGAGCGCAUGUACAGUAUCGCCAUGCAUCGACAAGAGGACCGCGGCCCAAGACGGCCAUCUUCUUCCCUGAAGCGUUCCCGGCAACGGCCAUACCGAUCGUGCAGGAAAUCGAUCACAUUGUGGGGUACAAGCUGUCCGAGGUAAUACAAGAAGGCCCCGGGAGGGUGCUGAGCAUGACCCCGAAUGCGCAGCCAGCCAUCAUGGCGACCUCGAUCCUGAUUCUCCGCGUCCUCGAGAAGGAGUUCGGCUUCAAGACGGCCGAGCGCGCUGACUUCACCUUGGGUCACUCGCUCGGGGAGUUUGCCGCCUUGGUCUCGAGCGGCUACAUCGAGUUCGAGGACAGCCUCUUCAUGGUGCAGAAACGGGCCGAGGCCAUGGUCGCAGCCACCAAGAGCGCCGAGGACGAGUACGGAGGCGAGUACGGCAUGGUGGCGGUUGUGAGCGAGCCCGAGUACAUGCCGUCGCUGAUCAGCGCGAUCCACGAGUUUGUCGGUUACAGCAGCCCCGGGAGCAAGUCGGAGAGCGCCGAGGACCGGUCGCCCAUCGACCAGGUGCUCAUCGCCAACAUCAACAGUAAGAACCAGAUUGUGCUGAGCGGGAACAUUGCGCGCAUCAAGACGCUGGUCGCGCACGUCCGGCAGUUCCUGGGCCACGACCCCCGCGCGGUGCGGCUCAAGAGCGACAGCCCAUUCCACAGCCCCAUCAUGAAGCCGGCCGUGUCGGUAAUGCGAAAGGUGCUGGCCGGCAAUAGCCGCGUAAGGGGAAGGGAAGACCGAGACAUCAUCACCUGGCCCGGUGCGGUGCCCUGUAUCAGCAAUGUCACGGCCAGGCCGUUCCAGAGCAAGGCCGAGCUCAAGGACCUCCUCGCGAGGCAAUGCCUCGAGACCGUGCAGUGGUGGGACAGCAUAAAGUACCUCGACCAGGAAGAGAAAGUCAGGAGGUGGGUCGGCAUCGGCCCCGGCAAAGUCGGCCGCAAUCUCGUCGGCAAGGAGGUGGGCAUGAGAGGCAAGGACACAGUCAAGGGGGGCGGCGUCUGGGCGAUCACCGAUCCAAGCGAGAUCGAGGAAGUCCUGAGAGGGCUAGAGGAGACUGAGUGCAUCGUUGAUGAGGAGUGACCAUCCGACGUGAUGCAGCGCCGUUUCGCAAGAGGGUUGUUUAAUCAGACUUUUAACCCUACAGCGUUGUCGCAUGUACUGUACCGUGUAUGUACGCGGUACUUGAGCACUCCGGGAGUCCAUUUUGGUAGAAGCGCGUCCUGCGUGCAGCGAACGGUAUGCGCCGCCGGUUGGACGUGAUGAGAGUGAGGGAAGGUCUUCAGGCUAAUAGUUAUAUGUACAUACCCUAAUUACCCGCCCAAAUACUGUAUCAAGAGCUAUGGCACCCAAAAA